GAUUCCCAUACAGUGCCUUCCUUACCAUUGCGUUCGCCUUUUCGACAUCCGCUUCUCCUUUCUCCACGCGUGCGAAGUCACCUGCUACCCCCAUACAAUGGCGGACCUAUAUAAUAUGUCUUGUCAAUUUCAUAUGGUGGACGUGGAGAGAUUGGUCCAGUUUGCUUGCCUGAAGGCAGGGGAGAGCGUGCUAGACUUGUGCACUGGCACUGGAUAUGUUGCGCUCGAGGCGAGGAAACGAGUACAAGAUGGCCGAGUAGCUGCCAUCGACUUUAAUCCAGCGAUGCUCGACGAGGCGAGAAAAGGAGCGGAGGCAGCCGGAUUUUCAGGUCUUAUCGAACUUAUACAGGGGGAUGUUAGGGAUAAAGAGGUUCUUCAAAGAAUCAAAGGUCCGAAUUGUUCGGGUUUUGAUGUUAUUACAUGUCUUUGGGGCAGUGGACUAACUCGGUCCCACGAGCAUGUCGCGAUGUGGGCGGAGUUCCUCGCACCUAAUGGGCGUCUCGUCAUCGACCACCCUGUUAGUAGUGACGAGUUGGGCGUUCUUGGUUUCGACGACCUCAGUGGUAAUCAACUUUUUUCCUGGGAGGUUGCCGAUUCAGAUUCGUGGGAAGUAUGUAAGCAAGAGCUAGAGACGCUUAUUCACCGGGUUGGAUUGAGGAUGGAUCGUGGGGAGAGGUUAUAUCCAGAGCGCAACCGAUUUGGAAUCGACUUUAUUCGAAGUUUUAGCACAGAGAUGUGGGCACAAAACGGCCAGAGUGGACAGCCCGAUCGGAGCUUUACCCUGGAAGUUGCGCGGCGUAUUCGAGACGGUAUGCGUAAUUACUGGUAUGACGAGCCACUGCGGGUGCACGGUCGGCCAAAGGGCAUACCCCGAAACAAGGUGGUAGCUUGGCUAGCAGUUUUGAGAAAAGGGAACUGAACGUCGGGGAUCUGAGUUUCGUAUUUUCGAAGCUUGGAGUUGGACCUUUUUUUAGUGCCUUAGGAGGCAACAGCCAUCCCAUCCAUCCCU